UUCAUCAGCUGCUGUGAAAGACAUGUUACAUUUUUAACCACUGAGAAAUCUGAAACCUGUCAUAGAGAUGCCAAACCCAAAUGCACCCCAUAAUACAUGCUAUUUCCCCUUUACAAUGACCAUGUCAAAUACAUACCCGGGAUAACACUCACUCACUUUAACUUCCAAUGAUUACCAACAGAGACAUUCUAAAACGUAAACCCCUUUCAAAAGCUCAAAACACUUCUUUAUGUACUUUAGUGGUUUUACAAUCCAACUACCUGAAAGUUGUGAAGAGCAAUGUCUGUGAGGAGGAGAUCAGUUUCUUGCAGCCAUUUGACACCCAUGAAAGGGGUCAGGUGACCAAGCGGUUGGAUACAGUCACAGGUUGAGAUCCCGGCUGCCUCCAGUGAGGAAGCACGGGAGGCAAGAUGACGUUCAUCGCCAAGACCUUCUACGACCUGAGAGCCACCACGCUGGAGGGGGACUCGGUGGAUUUCAAUGUGUUUCGGGGACGGGUGGUCCUGAUCGAGAAUGUGGCCUCUCUCUGAGGCACCACCACCCGGGACUACAGCGAGCUCAACCAGCUUCAGAGCAAGUACCCCCACCGGUUCGUGGUCCUGGGUUUCCCCUGUAACCAGUUUGGGUAUCAGGAGAACUGCAGCAAUGGUGAGAUUCUGAAUUCCCUGCAGCAUGUUCGUCCGGGCGGCGGCUUUCAACCCAGCUUCACCAUCUUUGAGAAGUGUGACGUCAACGGGACACGCACACAUCCAGUCUUUGCCUAUCUCAAAGAUAAGCUCCCAUUUCCUGAUGAUGACUCCACCUCCUUCAUGCAGGACCCCAAGUUUCUGGUUUGGAGUCCCAUCAGCAGGACGGACGUCUCCUGGAACUUUGAGAAGUUUCUCAUCGGGCCGGAGGGAGAGCCCUUUAAAAGAUACAGCAAGAAGUUCCCCACCAUUGAUAUUGAGCCUGACAUUCAGAGACUGUUAAGAUUAACUAAAUCCUAAGAACAGCCUCCACCUCUUAAUAACUUUUCAUCAAUCGCAGUCAAAGCUGAUAUGCUGUCCUUCCCACUUUUAAGCCUUAUUGAAUGACGUUGAUAUUCUGAAAAGUUAAGGGAAUAUUAUCUGAGACCUUAUAAGUGCUUAGGAGUUGUGGAGUAAGCAGGUAUUUCCUUAUGCAUGUCAUUCUGCUUCUUGUCCUAUCAAAGUGUGGCCAGCAGAUGGUGCUACUGAUUUGAUUUAACAAGUACUCUGUCGUCAUUUUAUGAAUUAAC